AUGCGCCGCACCAGUCCUCCAGGCAAGAAAUUGAGCACGCUGCCUCGAAUCGAGUCCUCGACCGUCGGCCUCGAUAGCAUCGAGGCUGCCGCCGAUGCGGAGCAUCGAGCGGCGGCUCGGCGCGAGAUGCCGGGCGGACCUGCGUGGAGGGAGGCAGCGGAGCGCGCGUCGGCGGGCGGGAGCUGCGAGUUGGCCCUCAUCGAACGCGGGCUCGACGACGCCGACGUCAUCGCACUCGUCGCUUCGCUGCAGCGGGAGGCGGCCGGCUCCGCUCUGACUGGCAGUCGGCCCAUCAACAACGUCACGUCGCUCGACCUGCGAGGGAACGCCAUCGGCGACGCCGGCGCGGCCGCCCUCUCCGGCCUGCUGCGCGGCGAGGGAUGCGCCAUCUGCACCCUCCGACUGUGGGGGAAUCGGAUCGGCGACGAGGGCGGUGCCGCGCUGGUGUCUGCUCUCGCCCGUCCAAACUCGAGCCUGACCAGCCUCGACCUCGGCAAGCAAGGCCAGCCGGUGGGAGAUGCGGUCGCCGCCGCACUCGCCUCCUCGCUGCCGCGCUGCGCGUGCCGCGCCCUCCGCUUCCUCGACGUGCGCUACAACGCGAUCGGCGCGACCGGCGCCACGGCGCUCGCCGUCGCCCUCGGCCGGGCAGACAGCGCGCUGCGUGUCUGGGUCACGUCGAACGCGUACAAUGACCAGGACGCCGCCGACCUCUGA